UCUCCAGCAGAACGACAAGAGCAGCCAUGGCUUCUUCCGCAACUUCUUCCCUCUCCCUCCGCUUCUUCUUCACCAAGAAGCUCUCCGCCUUCACAUCCCCCUCAAGCUUCCCAUCCCCGAGAGCCCUUUUCCUCUCUCCCUCCAGACCCUUCUCCAUCUCCUUCCAGCGGAUCCAGCCAACGACCAAAUCCUCCGCCUCCUCGCCGCCAUCCACCGGAACCUCCGCAUCCCUCCAGCCCAUCGAGGAGCUCCCCCCGAACCUCCAGCAGAUCGUCGCCCUCUUCCAGUCCGUGCCCGACCCCAAGUCCAAGUACCAGCAGCUCCUCUUCUAUGGCAAGAACCUCAACCCGCUCGACCCCCGCUUCAAGACCCGCGAGAACAAGGUCGAGGGCUGCGUCUCCCAGGUCUGGGUCCGCGCCUACUUGGACCCCGGCAAGAACGUCGUCUUCGAGGCGGACUCCGACUCCGUCCUCACCAAGGGCCUCGCCGCGUUGCUUGUACAGGGCCUCUCGGGCUCCCCAGUCGACAAGAUCAUCCGGGUCUCACCCGAUUUCAUCACCCUGCUCGGGCUGCAGCAGAGCUUGACUCCUUCUAGGAACAACGGUUUCUUGAACAUGCUGAGGCUUAUGCAGAAGAAGGCCCUGCUCUUGCUCUCGGAGGGUGAAAACGGGGGAACUGAGUCGAAAUCCGACACGGGUGCUGAUGGUUCUCCGGUUUCAGAGCCCAAAUUCGAUGUGGGCAGUGAUAAAAGUUCUGUCCUUGAAGCUGAAAAAGAUGAGAUUCAAGUGAACUCCGAUGUGGGUACUAAUGGUUCGGCAGUUGCAGAGUCCAAGGCUUCAACUUCUGGAGCCGGGACCGAAGCUAGCAGUGGUUUAGGAAGCAGAGGGCAGAGGAUUAAGGAGAUAUUGGAGAGAGAGUUCAGCCCCACAGUAUUGGAAUUGGAAGACAUUUCGUACCAGCACGCUGGGCAUGCGGGUGCCCGGGGGAGCGAUGGAGAGACGCAUUUUAAUUUGAGAGUCGUGUCGAAGGAGUUUGAAGGGAAGAGCUUAGUUAAGAGGCACAGGCUUGUUUAUGAUUUGCUGAAGGAGGAGUUGCAAAAUGGGCUUCACGCUUUAUCCAUUGUGGCAAAGACACCAUCUGAAGUUUGACUGAUUGUGAAGGGCGCCAGAGACUCUGCUUGAGACUUGUUGGAUCAUCGAUUCUUUUUGGUUGCAUUUGGGAGUUUAGAAGAUUUUUGUUUGCUUAAUAUAGUGAGAUCGAAUGAGUAAGACGCACUUUCUGUAUAGUUAAAGUAACUCUUGUUAUUGGCGUAUCCUUGCAAUAAAAAGGCUACAAUCCUACAGAGUUCCAAACUUCUGUUGCUAUAUGUCUUCGGAGAUGCCUAUUUCUA